AUGGAUGAAAAGAAUAUGACAGUUAAUGCUGAAAAAGCAUAUUCAUAUGAUGAUGUAGAUCAUCCAAGUUCUGGAACAGCUUCAGAUACUGAAGUUCAUGAUACAAAAGUCAAUUUUGUUGAUCGUUGGGCUUCUAAAUUAAGAGCUGAAACAAAAGGUAUAGAUAUGGUUACCGAUGAAGAAAAAACUGAAGAUUCACUUUGGAAUGCUGCAACUAUGUGGUUUUCAGCAAAUUUAGUUAUUGCAACUUUUUCAUUAGGUGCUUUAGGUAUUACUGUCUUUGGAUUAGCUUUUGGUCAAGCUGUUUUAGUUAUUAUAUUUUUCACUGCAAUUGGUGCUUUUACAGUUGCUUAUUUUUCAUGUUUUGGUCCUGUUUCUGGUUUAAGACAAAUGAUUUUGUCAAGAUUUUUGAUUGGUGAUAUAACGUGUAGAAUUUUUAGUUUUAUUAAUGUCAUUGCUUGUGUUGGUUGGGGAGCUGUUAAUAUUAUGGCUUCUGCUCAAUUGUUACAUAUUGUCAACAAUGGUGCUUUACCUCCAUGGGCUGGUUGUUUAAUUUUGGUUCUUUGUACCAUCAUUGUUACAUUUUUUGGUUAUCAUGUUAUUCAUCUUUAUGAAAAAUGGUGUUGGAUUCCAAAUUUAAUUAUUUUCAUUAUUAUUAUAGUUAGAUUUGCAAUGAGUGGUAAAUUCCAAAGUGAUGGAUUUAUUGGUGGUGAAACUACUGCUGGUAGUGUUUUAAGUUUUGGUAGUACUAUUUAUGGUUUUGCAACUGGUUGGACUACUUAUGCUUCUGAUUAUACUGUUUAUCAACCAAGAAAUACUAAUAGAACUAAAAUCUUUUUUGCUAUUUUUGCAGGUUUAUUUCUCCCAUUAGUAUUUAUUUUAAUUUUAGGAGCUGCUUGUGCGACUGGUAUUAAAUCUGAUGCAAGAUGGUCUGAAUUAUAUGAAACUAAUUCUGUUGGUGGGUUGGUUUAUGCUAUUUUAGUUGAAGAUUCAUUACAUGGAUUUGGUCAAUUCUGUUGUGUUGUUUUAGCUUUAUCAACAGUUGCUAAUAAUAUUCCAAAUAUGUAUUCAAUGGCUUUAAGUGCUCAAACUUUCUGGAGUCCAUUAGCUAAAAUUCCAAGAGUUGCUUGGACUAUUGCAGGUAAUGGUGCUACUUUAGCUAUUUGUAUUCCAGCUUAUUAUAAAUUCGAAUCAGUUAUGGAAAAUUUUAUGAAUUUAAUUUCUUAUUAUUUAGCAAUUUAUGAAUCAUUAAUGUUAAGUUCUCAUUUAAUAUGGCAUAAAGGAAAUUUCAGAGAUUAUCCAUAUGAAAGAUAUAAUGAUAAAUCAGCUUACCCAUUAGGUUUAGCAGGAACUUUUGGUUUCUGUUGUGGUGUGGCCGGUGUUGUCAUAGGAAUGAAUCAAACUUGGUAUGCGGGAGUUCUUGCAAGACAAAUUGGUGAGUUUGGAGGUGAUAUCGCACCUGAGUUAGGCUUUGCCUUUGCAUUCAUUGGCUUUAACUUAAGUAGGGUGAUCGAAAAGCGUUACAUAAGGUGA